UCUGCUUUCGUCAGUGCACGUGCUAAGUUACUGGUCCAGUAUGUAGACCUUUACGCUAAAAUGCUCUGCAAACACGAGAUCAAGGACUUAAUCAAGCAAGAUCUGAAACCCCUGGAGGAAGGUCCUGACAUACGAUGAGAUCUACGUCAUGAGGUCCUUGGCUCUGAAUAGAGUCCAGAGAAUGUCACUUCCCAUUUCUCAGAGACAACAACAGAGCAGUGGCUGGACGAGUUGGAUGCCGGGUUGGGGGUGGGGUUACUACUCUCAGACAACUGCCUCAACUUCAGAUGAGAUUGCUGAAGAGGAGGUGGUCGACUACUCGCUCUUCUUUGACAAAGACUCCGUGUUCGGCAAGAUAUCUGCUAAACUACUCCACGGAUCCAUCCAGCUGUUAGAGUUCGAACCCAGUGGAGCUCACCGAGCACUGGUUCAGUUCGCUUUCACUGAUCUGGCUGUGGGAGCGGAGUACAGGAUGAAGACAGAUACUAUCAUACUGUCAGCGUCACUUCAGGAUAUAACGUUAGACAACCAGUGCCAGCACAGUGCACUGUUCCCCCACGUCGUGUCCAGGUCAAAAUUAAGAGAGGAUCCAGGGAAGGAGCAGUCAGCACCAAAGGAGGAGGAGGAGAAGGAGGAGGAGCAGUCAGCAGCGAAGAAGGAGGAGGAGGAGGAGCACCACCUCCCCAACCCCUCACAACAGCCAGUACUGGACGUGUACUACGAACUAAACCCCGCUACUGCUGCUCUGGAUUUGUUGCUGAGAGUAACCACGCAACCCAUUGAUAUCGUGUACAAUGAAGAUAUAAUUGAUAGGGUGACAAACUUCUUUGCUCUGGACCCUACAAUAGACUUUGUGGUGGAGGCAGCUCUUGCUAGGUUAGGAGAGCUGAGGAGCAAAACUAAACACCAGUUAAGGAGCACUAUUGACAAGAUAUUCAGCGGGAAACUCAGAGAUUUCAGGAGAUGGGAUAUCCUGUUGAAGAUACAAGCCCCGCUCCUAAUUCUACCCGAGAGUUUCCACAACAACAACUCAGCUGUUGUGAUUAUGGAUCUCGGACAGGUGGUGAUAGAUAACAUGAGCGGGUUCCGGCCCCACCCCAGACCAGACAUCCUCUCCAGACCAGACAACCACUCCAGAUCUGAUACCCACACCAGGUCUGAUACUAACGGAUCUGACUCUGCGUUCAGUACCCCUCCAUCUACUCCUAAUAACUCUCUACCUGAUAUCCCUGCUUACUUCAACCCUCCUCCUCUCAUUACCCAGCCUCAUUCCAACUACCCUUCCAGUUCUAGAAAUAUUUCACCAGGAAGUGCUAGUACCAACGUGGACACCCUUUACGAGACGUUCUCACUGCAGCUCAGUGACUUGAAGGUACAUGCGGGCAUGUUCGAGGACAUGAUACAAUGUGAUCUUCAGAACAAGGGCAAGAUCAUGGACAGGUUAUCACUGGACAUGAAGCUGGAGAGAAGGCUGGUGUUUUCUCUGGACCCUCUACAUCCUAACAUCCUCAUAUCUGCUAACGUGCCCAAACUUGCCUUCCAACUAGACGUCGACAAUAUGAAGUGUUUGGUACGAGCUCUAAGGAGCGUUAGAUCGGGAGACAAGCCAGAGAGAUUUGCUGGUCACGUGAUACCAGAAGAGGAUGAGGCAGGAGGGGUCCUCACUCCCAUCAUAUCUGCUAGUUUGCAAAGUUCAAUGAAGCCAGAGACUCUGAUGCAGGCACACUUGAUUGAUGUUAAGGUUCACAUUGAGAAGAUUAGUACGACUAUCCAGCAUGGUCAUCAACUCGACCUAGAACUACACAUAGACGAUGUCGAGUUAGCGUACACAAAACAACCCUUCGACUCAGAACUAUCUCUUCUUAUCUCUACUCUGACUAUCUGUGAUAGAACACAGCAGUUCCAGGAUGAGUCAUACAUGAUGGCUACGUCCUUCCCAUUCGCUGACUCGAGGGGGGAACAGCUGCAAUGGUACAGUACAAUGGAUACUGGUUAUCACACCCAACCCGACGCCCUCAUCAUGGUGCAAAUAUCAGAGAUAGGUCCGGACUACCCCGGAUCAGACAAGAAAGCAGGUACUCGUAAUGUGGACGUGCGGCUGAACUACCUCGACCUCCUUCCUCACCACACCACACUUGCUCACUUGCUUGGGUUUUUUAAACGUGUCUCCGUGUCUCGGUCUGGAGAGAUGAGACUAAGUGGGACACAACACGAAGACGGGGAGACCGAGACCAGGGCGUCAGCUGCUGAGGAAUGGCAGUACGAUAUCAAGAUGACGGUAGAACACGUGUCACUAGGACUACUAGACCCCAGAUCCUCCCGGAACAAGAUAGGAACUGCUGCCAUGUUGGGGGUAACCCUGAAUAUCAAGAGAGAGGGAGGUGUCCGGGGCGUGAGGUUCGGGGUGGGGAGGAUCCAGCUCAGGGAAAUGGAGAGUGAGAUGUGUGUCCUCGGACUCGGCCAAAUGGAACAGGACUCGGAUUCUCACCAAGCUCUCUCUAUCACCCUAUCAAAGGACUCGUGUGGUGACGUCACAUCACGUGACAUGACGUCACAGACUCGGCACCCGCAGACCUCAGUGGAUGUGGUGGUGGGCUCGCUUCAGUACUUCCACUCCCCCGCCUUUACUUCAGCUGUAAUCAGCAGUGUGAACAGCUUGUUACUUUUAGUGGAGGAGCAAGUGUCCCAAAUAUCCAGCAAAGCUAGUCAAGCGGCUAACAGAGUCAUGAGCAGUGGGGUACGGGGUUCGGAGCAGGUUCACUUCACUGUUCUUAUAGAGAGCCCUGUAGUUCAGUUACCUCGGGGACAAGGGUCACGUGACAUUCUCGUGGGCCAUCUCGGUAAUGUGACGAUAAAAAACAUGUACUGCGAAGAAGAAGAUAAGGAAAGAGAAGGAGAGAAACAACAACGCUCAACUGUACAUAAGGUGUGUGUGGAUAUAGACACCAUUCACAUCUACUCCGCCAAACUGCCCACCUCGGCUACUGAUUUGAGUAUAGAUGACAAGCCUAUUUUACACGAUACUACUUUUAACGUGUGUAUAGAACAGCGCCAAGUCCUUCACCGCAACCAGUUAUCAGUUGUACAAACAAAUAUCAGCGCUAAGAUACCACAAGGACUCAAAGUUACCCUCUCCAAGCGGCUCUACGAACAGUUACUAGAAACUAUGCGGUAUGCGACCUCCCUGAGAACGCCAAUAAACCGAGUCCGAACUACCUCCGCAGUACCACCUGAUCUAGACAGCAGCUCUCAACCUCAGCUCAUACCUGUAGUUAAAGAGAUAAAGUCCGACUUUGUGCUGCCAGUAGUACUGAUACAACUACAAGGAGACUUGCUGGAUACCUCUACUCCAAACUUAGCCCAGAUAAAGUUCGAGGACUUCACUGUCUCGUGGACCAAGGUAGGAGAAAUUAAAGACCUUUACAUCACCCUACACAAGCUGAACAUUGUGGACAUGUUACAACCACCAGACUCUCCUGCAAAAUACCUCUUUAAAAGUAGACACAGAGCCAGAUUACCUGCCAGUAUCUCUACUACCAGCAACCUGCUGUUUAGUACACCUUCUAAACGAAGACAUAGCGAGAGUCCGCAAAUGUCACCCUACAAAAAAGAGAGCGAUAUGAAAGCUCUUGUCAGUAUACGAAUAGCAGAUAACGUUGCAGAAGAAGAGGGAGGUACGGACGGCAAAUGUGUGGUAGUUGAUCUGAACUGCGUUGACGUUACAGUGAACCUGCAGACUUGGGUCAUGCUGCUAGACUUCAUGACCCUUUCACCUACUGUCAACGAAAAAGUGAUUCGAGGUUCUCAAGCUGUUACCGACUUUCUGAAUGAUAUGAGUGACCCUAACAGAGUCAGCGACCUGGAUGACUCGUCAAUAGAGGAGGAGAAGCAAAGUCAGACGACAGUUUGUGUUACAAUGAAGGAACUGAAUAUUACCCUCAAUAAACGAGAGUACCCUCUAGCUGUCUGCCUAAUCGAGGGUAUCGCUCUUAAACUUACUCUCGACUCUAAUCAGGUUGAAUGUCAGGGGAGGAUGUCAGGGCUAGCUGUGAAGGAUCUCAGUCCAUCUGCUGGUCUCUACAAAGACAAAUUCAUUGUCCUGGGAAACGAGGUCCUACAGUUCGACUUCAAAAAGUACAAGAUAGAGGAUGGUGAGUUAGCACGAGGGUACGACAGUUCACUUCUCCUCCACAUGAGUGCUAUACGUUACGUGCACACUAAGCGGUUCCUGGCUGAAACUCUCGCUUUUCUGGACCAUUUCAUCGUCCUGGACACUUCUUUACAGGUAAACAGAACAGCAGUGAUAACAGGAACAUACCAAGCAGUGGUCCCUAAGCAUGGUCACAGGAUCCUGCUAGACAUCCAGAUGAGCAGCCCGGUAGUGGUAGUACCGGUUACACCUUCCAGCGCCCACGUGCUGGUCGGGUAUCCCGGCAACAUCGCUGUCUCCAACUCAUUCAGGUUUGCAACAACAGAAGAAACACUAGCCAGUACUGUAGAAUCUGGAAGAGAAAGAAACAGUAAGCCAUGUCUUCUUGACUGCCUGGAUAUCAAGCUCAGUGACAUGGACGUGGUAUCAGGAGUGUGGGAUAGCAGUGAGAUUAAACACGUGACCUCACUACUGAACGAGAAGUGUUUGCUGACCCUGGAAGUGAGGCGGAACUUGGACAGUUCCUUCAACCACAGUUCACCUAACUUGUGUGUUCGAGGGGAACUCAGCACUACUGGUAUUAGGAUCACCGAAUCUGACCUGGCUAAAGUUAAAGGUUUUCUGAGCUACAAUCUGUCAGAAGAUAUCGGAGAGUUCGUUAUAUCACGUGAACACAUCACGGAUACAGUAAACGUACACAAAUUGGAUCUGGACGGAACAAGAUGUUGGUUAGAUGUAGACAUUGCUAUUAAAUUAGACAAUGUUAGUAUUGAGCUGCUUCACAGGAAGACCGAUCACUCACUUGCCAAGUUCGACCUGACAACAUCAGUGCUGGCAUUCCAGACAUACUCCAACAAGCACAGUGUAGUGAAGCUAACCUCCAGACUGUUAACUGUACAAGACACACGACCGGCUAGUGGCAACUCUUUUCCUCUUGUUGUUACUCACCGGGACAGCUUUCAACCAGAGUCUCUUCAAGUAGAGGUAAACAUGCGGAACACCCCAGAGAAGAAACACUGGAGUUUCGUUUUGAACAAGGUAAAAGUACACGGAGUAAUGGACUUCCUGACCCUAGUCAAGGUGUUCAUUACGAGCGAUGUUAGUUCUCCCGAGAGGCUCCUUAAGGAGCACAUAUCAGGGCUCCCCCCUGUGGCUCCUGCUCCUGUCAAGGAGGUGGAUAAGAGAGACUUUGAUAUCAACGUGUCUGUUAUCAGCACCGAGCUAGUUCUCCCGGAAUCGUGCUCCCAACCGGACAGUCAGGCUGUGGUCCUGCAGCUGACAACCGUCAUCGUCCUCCGACAACAGUUCUAUACCCGACCUAAACUUAGCGUCACUUUCGAGGAUGUUCAGAUGUUCUCCUGCACCUGCGGAAGUCCUGACACAGCCCUGUCUAUAGUAGAUGUGGGGGCCAUGUCUGUGGAGCUGAGACACGAUCUGGGCAGCAGCAGGAGUCUGAGGAGUGGGGCCCUGCUGGAGUCUACACAGCCCCUCCUCACUACCCCUCCUCAGUCGUCAGCGCUGGAGCUUCAGUUAGAGGAUCUGAACACGAAACUAAGUUACCAGGACGCUCUGCUCUUCUACAACAUUGUGGAGUCUGUUAAGAGACAACUACACACUGCUGUGGUUAUUGCCACUGAUCUGGAUACCCCGCUCACCGAUGUACCAUCAGACCAUAUGGUUACGAUUGAUGAGGUUGCCAUAGAAACAAGUGAAGAGUCUUCAGAUACCCCCGACAACAAGGUUAACCUUGUAGGAGUUGAAGUGAAGUGUAACUCAGUGUCUCUGUGUGUGAUAGACGACUACGGUGACAGAGACAUCCCUCUCCUCAGAGUACUGCUAGCAGGACUACAUAUGUGGUACGAUAUGAAGGACGUCUCCUCUCUCUCCAAUACGCUUGGUGUCGACUACUACAACUCGUACGUUUCCGGGUGGGAGCCGCUAGUUGAACCCUGGAAAGUGGACUUACAUUACGUCUCCACUCCUCAAUACUCAACUAUUAAAAUGGACGCCGCGUCUGCCCUGAACCUGAACCUAACACACUCGUUCUACAAGCUAGCUCUAACCACAGUGGAGAGACUGAAACCUGUGCUGACCCGACAAGUCAGUGUGGACCGUAAAGUGGUCCGCAAACCUUUCAUACCCUUCCUGAUCAGAAACCAGACUGGGCACGAGUUACGGUUUGCACGAGAGACGAGAACACAUCCACUGAACGACCCCAACCCCUUCUCCUCUGUUCGUCCCCGAUGUGUGUUGUCGGAGUGGGUGUCUGUGAGGCACGGAGACGAGGCCAUGUUCGCAUUCCAGGAGGGUGGCAGAAGGUUACAGCGACACAAGGUCUCUAACGCUCUCCAGAGCCGAUCGCUGAGAGUUUCUGUGGGGAACUGGGAGGAGAUGACCAACAUUUCAGUAGACAAAGUUGGUCGCUUCUUCAGAGACCCCCGGUUUACAGGCGCCAGGUACGGUGGGGACCAGAUCAACUCUAUCAGGAUUGUAUACGAUCUCAUCCUAGAGGAGGGUGCUAGGAAGUGUAUCACGGUUCACUCGGGACUCUCACUGAAGAACAGGACAGAUCUUCCUGUGGAGGUGUUGUUAGAGAACCCCACCUCUGCUUCCACUCCCUCUCAGCUCCUCCCUCUUCUCUCUGCGGGGGACGAGUGUCAUAUUCCUGUUGACAAGGUCGACUGGAUGAUCAGGAUUCGUCCCCAUGCUAUGGGGUACAUGUACUCGAGAAGUUUGAAAUGGAGAACCUCCCUUACAAUGAACGACCUUUACGAGUGUUCAUUCGCCAACAUAUCAGGUGACAAGCUGUACAUAGUAGCAGUGAUAGAGCGAGGCAACUACCCGAAGGGGGACUACCUUCCAGGUCAUGUGAUCUCUCUUGAAACCCCGGUCCGGCUCUGUAACAGUCUCCCUGUCGAGCUCACUUACAAGCUACUCGCUGGAGACACUGAGAAACGAGGUGGUGUGAUCCAGCACUCCAAAUCCCUCUCAUUCUACGACAUAAACCCCUCUACAGACAUCUUCUGCGCAUUCCAACUAGACGGUUUCCCCCAGUUCUACAAGCUCCAGUUCCCUUAUCUCGGCACUUCAACUUCCCGUAAAACCUUCAUGACAAGCGAUGAGAAGGAUAGGAAGUUGCCCAUACACGUGAGAUGUGAGAUAGUCAGCAAGUUCUGCUGGAAGAUUGUGCUGUAUGUGAAGUUUGUGGUGGUCAACCUUACUGUCUACCCUCUCGUAUUCUCUCAACAGAACUCAGGAGAGGGUGCAGCAUGUCAGUAUGAAGCUCACGAGGCUGCGAGAAGUCUUCAUCCCCUUAUGUUUGAUUACAGCAAUGAGACACAGCCUCAAAGCUUGAGCAUACGCAUUGGCAAGCAGUAUCGCAAGGUAAGACCUCACUGGAGUGCUGGUAUCGACCUUGCUAAGCCUCUGGGGCUGGUCUCUCUCAAGUGUGCCCAGGGGCAAAUGCGGCCUGACAAAGUGUACGACCUAAGUUACGAGUGUUCAGUGGGAGCGGGUCUGUUCUCUAACACCACAACAGUGAGGAUAGUGUCUAGAUACCAUCUAGAGAACCACUCUUCACAACGGCUCCUUUACGCUCAGUGGUACCAAGUCAACAACCACACUCUCAUGGCUGAAUCCUCAGACUGGACUCCAGACAAAGAGCCGGUCACUAAGGCUGCUCCAAACUCUAUCAUGCCCUUCUCCUGGCCUCGUAACGAUCUAGAUCAGCUACUAUCAAUAUGUAUUCCUGACGUGGUAGACUGUGAGUGGUCGGGUGGAUUCUGUAUAAACAACCCACAAAGCAGUGUUGUAUCUAUGAGAGGGACCGGAGGAAGGAAGAUAUUCCUCCAGUGCACUGUGGUGUUGCAGCGGAGCUCUUAUCAUGUCGUAUUCUCCGACUUCAAUGAUCUCCCUACCCCUUACCGAAUAGAAAACCACAGUCUGGUAAGCGUGGAGUACAGACAAUCAGAGAGUCGGUCAGACAUGUCCACAUUACAACCUGGUAGCUGGUGCCCUUAUCACUGGGAUGAGCCCGUCUUGAAACCCCACGAACUAGAUCUAAAAGUGACGGGAGGUGAGCCUAUGAAGGUGAUGAUAACACCCACCCCUUACACCCACCUCUCUGCACUAGUCUACGAGAACGCAGUUUACCUGACCCUCUCCGACACCUGGAAGGGAGGUGCCCCAGCUAUGAGGGACAUCCCCCUCAACCAGCUCUCCAGUUCCGGAUUUAGAGCUAUCAGGGUGGACGAGAAACUAGCCAGCUCGAGCAGCAGACUCGUGCUGGACGUUCCACAGGGGGUUCAGGUGCUUGUUAAGCAGUACAACCCGCACUCACUUAGUCAGCUGUGGCAGGUUAAGGAGUCAGGUCAGCUCAUGCACUUCAAGACCAAGUUAUUCCUGGACAUACCAGGCAGAGCUCCCAACCCUGGCACAUACGCCAGCCUGAUCGUGAAGCCUCCUGACGAGAACAGGCACCAAACACAGUGCUGGAGGUUCCGGGAUAACGGCUAUCUAACCUGCAAGCUGCCAGGGCUAGCUGUUUCACCUCGCAACGGUCUACUACAUGACGGAUCUGAUGCUGUACUAGACAUGGUCAGCAAGAACCCUCCUCACAUCUACUUCCACAAGCGCCGACCAGGUUGUGGAGCCGUGCUGAUGACCACCUCUCUAGACGGUCCCACAGUGGUUAUCAAGCUACUGGACGCUGUGGCAGGAGAACAAACUGUCUACACGGACUCCACCUCUAAAAAGGAGGAUGUUACCAAACCCUUCCAGCUGCAGGUAAAGUUACUGGGAGGUGUAGGCCUCUCUAUUAUCAACCACCUCCCUGAGGAGAUAUUGUAUCUCAGCAUGACUGGGCUCUCUUUAGACGCCGAGCUGGCGGGUAACAAGACUACUGUUGUUUUUGAUCUGCUAGGAUUCCAGGCUGAUAAUCAGUGUAGGGAGGCACUGGUUCCUGUUGUUAUCUACCCGGUAAUGAGGGAUGGAGAACAUACAGUACACUUCAGGAUGAUCAGGGAGGUUAGGAGCGAUGGCAGGUUAGUCGUGUACCCUGAGGUCCAGGCUCUGUUCGCAAACUUCAGCUCCCAGCUCGACGAGGUCUUACUUCUGAAACUCAUACAGUUUUUUGAGAUGGCUGGGGAUGUAAAUAAAGACGACCCAAAGUACGAUCCAGAAGCGGAGUACAAGUUGAGUACGAGGAAGUUGGAGUACAAUCCCGUGUUAGUUGAGAGUAUGUUAAUUCACCAGACCCAGGUUAAUGUCAGUCUGAUCGUGGCUCCAGUUCUAGAGGACGACCUCAAGGACAUCCACACAAGAUUAGGAAUGAGAUCUUAUCUGAACUUCUCCGACGUUACUUUUAAGCUGAACAAGUACCAUACCAGUAAUGUGAUAGCAGCUACUAGUACUAUAAGGGACAACAUCAUACGACACUACAGGGACUGCGCAGUUGGACAUAAACUCAAAAUAGUCCUCAACUCAGAAAUGACAGGUAACAUGGGAGGGCUGUUUAACGAUCUACUGAGUGGACUCUCAGUGGGGCUGGAUGGUGACGUGUCAGGAAUGGUAAAGAGUGUUGCUCACGGCAUGUCAGAUACCGCCAGUAAACUCAGUUCAACUGCUAGUACUGUGUUAACGUAUGUUAGUGGAGAUGAUGCUUUCAGAGCCGACAGAGACAGACUUAGAGCUUCCAGAUACCAGAGUUCAAGUGCAAGUCUGAGAGCAGGAUGGCAGGGGUUAAGAAGUGGACUUAUCGGAGGGCUUACCAGCAUUCCCAGUUCUAUAGUGAGAGGGAUUAACCAAGACGGAGUGACGGGGGCAGUGACCGGACUAGCUAAAGGUCUCAUUGGAACUGUUGCUAAACCAGCUGCUGGUUUACUCGACUUUGCCUCAGGGACUACACUGGCCAUUACGCAGAGCACUCGAUCUAGUCACAGUAUCGGAGAGAUAAAAAGAAUACGGCUGCCUCGAUGUUGCAGUGGAGAGAUCCUGGCAAUCUUCUCCACAGACACUGCACAAGGCAUGGCUACUCUGUGGAAACUCAACCGCAAGUCACGUGAGGAACAGUUCAUUUCCUGGUGUGUGGUGAACACCCGCCUCAAGAUCCUGGUGUCCAGUGAGCGGGUCAGACUUAUCGAGAGAGAAUCUGGUAACAAGGUUGUAAAGGAGAUCAUGUUAGACUCGAUAGGACAGUGUGUGUAUGCUCCCCGGAAUAACGGUGGAACUACAGAACAUAACCUAGCUAUACAGAUCUACGAUACUCUGCCUCCACCAGGUGUUUUUAACAUGGCUCCUGACUCGUGUCCCAAACUCAACUGUAACUCUCAGAAAACUAGCCUCAAGAUCAGUCAGGACAUUCAGUAUGCUAUUGAUCUGAAGAGAGAGGCUGCUUUUUUAGUUAGCGGUGGCAAAACUUUCAGUAAUAGUGGAAGGGACACAAGAUAGCACAGUUUUGUAGUCGUUUAAUUGAUAAAUUAAAUGGUUAAAAUUCUAUGGUUUAACUUUAUUAGUUUGUUACAUGCAAUCUUAAAAACAUGUUCUUGUAAUUAAUUGGUAUUGCCAGCGCAAUACACGGUUAUGUCAAUUUUCUUCUAAAGAAUUAAAAGUUGUGAAAUCCAUUAGAACAGUAUAAAUUAAAUUUAGAAGAUCUAUCUGCUUUCUGGUUUGCUUACAGAAGGGUAAAUUAUUUGCCGACUAUGCUGUAAAUAAGUUAAAUCAAGUAACUGUCUAACAUUGCAUGCGCUAAGACCAGCAUUUUGUAUAAAAUUUUGAUUAAAUCUAUAAUAAGUUGAAUUUUGACAAUAUUGAUAUGAUACUGAGUGAAAACUGUUAUUAGUGAAAACAACACCUCACCCCGUGAUACCGAUUUGCUUUGACAUUGUCUGGAGUCUUAUAUAGUAACCGAUCCUGUGGUGGCAUCUGAUAUGGGCUACAUCAGACUUGGUUCUUCAUCAUGUCGGUGAAUUCCUAAUUUCUAUAAUAGAUUGUGAUUUAUUAUAUUAGAGCUUUUCAGCUAGAAUUGAAACAAUUUCUUCGUAUUAUAGGGCUAGGGCUGUGGACUAGCUACACCUGGUUAAAAAGUUUCCAUCCCAUUACAUAAUUGAUAAUACUCAAUAAAUGUAACAGAUUUGUAGUUUUGUAAUUAAUUGGUAAUCGUGUUGUUAUUGAUCUAAAAAUCGGUUCAAUUUUCCCCUCAUUCUGGAAAUGUAUUAAUUGAGUCUGUCUAAUUAUUUAUUUGAUACCGAUAAGAUUUCUAUAGUCUAUUAUAUUCGUAAGUUGUAAAACUAAACAAAUUUUUUCCAAAAGAACCAAAUUAAAAUAGAAGUUUUACAAUACUACGAUAGAGCUGUAACUGUAGUUUAAAUUAGAUCACGGUCUAUUAUUGUAAAGAACGGUUUUUAUGUUGUUUUCUACAGAUAGAUAAUAAAUAUGAGUUGUUACCGUUUAUUUAUAUCUUUAUGGAGUGUCAAUAAACCUUUUUUGGACACAAAUAUAAAGUAA